AUGGCGGCGGCACACGCCAAGCACAAACAGAAGAUAUGGACAUUAUUGCACAGCAACCGGGAACUGGCGAAGCUGUUAAACGUGGCCAAGGAGACUGUUGUUCUUCUAGAGAAGCGUCGAGAGAAAGAAAAGGUCAUAAGAGACUUGGCCCUACCACAGUUGUUUCGAUUGGUGGAGACCAACCAGCAGCUCAUUGGAAUCGUGGCCAAAAAUCAGGAGCGCGCUGUCGAGAUGAUGGAAGCCAUAAUGACGCCCGGGUAUCACUUGACCCUGCAAGGGCCAGCUGUUGACCUGACAGGCCACGACGAAAGCGUCACGCCGGAGCACAGUGGUCUACGCCAGGACGAUGUUGACCACGUGAUGACCGCCUUAGAGCUGCAACCGCCGUCUGAGCGCAGCUACGCACAUUUCGCCACCAGCCUGGAACCCCUGGACGCGCUGCGCGAGGUCACUGUGGCCAGCGCCAGGGGCGACGGUACGCUCGAGUCACUGGUCAACUUCGGGCACAUGAAGCCCGCUAGUGAGAGCCACGAAAACACACAGCGAGAAACGUGUUUCGACGAAAUGCAAGAACACGGAUCCGCCCACAAUUCCCUGGAAGGUUUAAUAUUCCUCACAGACAUAGUGGAGGAGGAAAGCCGCUUACGACCCGCAGACUGGAGCCCCAUGCGAGCCGAAGCUGAGCAAGCCAUUCUCUCCAAUGGUACCGUCCCGCUUUAA